AUGGAAAUGACAACGAUUGUGUUCAAAUGGACGCGUGCCCUUUCUCGCGAAGGUUUUGUGACUUCGAACUUAUACUUUUCAGAAUUGGCCGAAUCGCUUUAUUACGUAGAGCGAACUGUACGACCACAUUACAUCGUAGUUAUAUCCGAUUACAAUGGGUUUAAUGAAUUUUCUUUAGCAACUAGUACCUUCGACAUGUCCUUUGCUGCAUGGCUAGUGAUAUUCAUUUACAAGAAACAUGGAUUUGAUUUUUGUCACAGUCCGCCAGGUAAUAUAUUUAAUUUAAGAUUCAACUCGGAAAUGUUGGUCCGUUGCGGUACAGAAAAUAUUUUACGAGAUUGGUAUUCGAUCGAUCCGAAUCGUACCGAGAUCGACGAUGUAGCAACAUGGAGCUUAGAAAAAGGAAUAACCAGAAUAUUACCUACUUCACUUCAUGAUAGAAGAUAUAAUUUACAUGGUCUGAUCAUGAGAGCUGUUAUAGUUAAGAAUUCACUAUACGUAAAUGUAAACAAGGACGGCCAAUUGGACGGUAUGUUUGGUAUAAUAUUAAAAGAACUUUGUAUGACUCUAAAUUUUAGUUUGAACGUUGUCUCGGAAGUUGACGAGUAUGGUAUAUGGAAUUCAAAAAAAAAUACAUGGUCAGGAGCAAUCGGGGAAUUAUAUGCUGGACGUGCUGACAUUUCUAUUUCAGAUUUUUCUAUUACCAGUGCAAGAUUCAAUGUCGUUGACUUCACUCUUCCUCUGUUACUUUCAAAAAGUUAUCUUUACAUUCAAAAACCGCAGAUAUAUGCGAUCAAAUGGACGUCUUAUUUUCUCGUACGAUAAAUUGCAAUGAAAUUUUAAUAUUUCUUAACUUUUUUCAUAGUUCAAUUGUCGCGAA